CUCGUUACUGUGAAUCCGAAAUGAUUUAAUUUUGGACAUAAAAAAAUUUAUUUGUUUUAAAAUUUUAUUUUGGCUUUAAAAUUUGAUUCUAUCUAUGGGUUAUUACUGUGAUGUGGCUUUUAUCAUAAAUAUCAUUGUAAUGCCAUUUCGGUUUUUAGCGGAAAAAAUUUUACUUCGCCUUUUUUAUGGUCCUAGAAAUCGUUAUCAACCAUUAUCGUCGACAAGCGUUGCCUCGAAACAACAACAAUUCCAAGAUGAAUUGGGAAUCGUUUCGUUUCAACGAUUAUCGAUAAUAACCUCAGCCUUACCAUUGUUUGGUUUUAUAUUUUGUGUUGUCUGGUCAUUGAUGUUCAAUUUUGUUGACUCAACUUCUACACAUUGUGGCGUGGCAGAAUAUCUUCCAUCAGUUAGUGCAUCAACCGGAUCAUUUUCGCCACAAAAGUAUUUAUGGCGUUCAACGAUAGCAUUGCAUUCAUCGCCACGUUAUCUUGUAACAUAUAUUUACUAUCGGGCUUUCCAUGAUUCGAAAAAAUUACUAAUAAUUAAUUGGAUAGAGAUCAGUGCAUUACUUGGAUUAAGUGUCGUUUCGUCAACCGAAUCAUUUUUAUUUCAUGCAAAUUGUUUUUUACUAUUCAUAUCAACAUCAUUCUUAGGAAUGUUUAUCCAUCUAUUACAAGAUAAAUUAUGGUCAAUAUUUAAGAUGAAAAUUUUUUGUACCAAUACACUUGCAUGGAUUUUCGCACUAUUUUUUUAUGUUCGACAUAAUGAUUAUUGUGAAACUGGUGUUUAUUCAUUAUUUGCAGCAUCGGAAUAUGUAUUCGUUUUGACCAAUAUUCUAUUCCAUUUUCAAGCUUAUUAUGAUUUUUAUGAUACGAAAAUAUCAUUAUGUAGAAUCUAUGGAGAUACAAAAUUUUCUGUUUGAUACAAAUGCAGCUCAUCUAUAC